UUCUUUCUCUUUCUCUCUAGGCUAGUUCAUAAUGAUCAUCCCGGUACGAUGCUUCACUUGUGGGAAAGUUGUGGGGAACAAAUGGGAAGCAUACCUGGGCCUCUUGCAGGCCGAAUACACAGAAGGAGAUGCAUUGGACGCUCUUGGCCUGAAGCGCUACUGCUGUCGUCGGAUGCUUCUGUCCCACGUGGAUUUGAUUGAGAAGCUGCUGAACUAUGCACCUUUGGAGAAGUAGCAUUAGUAACUCAGAACAGAGCCCAAUGGGAAUGAGCUAUGAACAUUUGCAUCCCUUAGUUUGUGUUAAAAUGGACACCUCCCACUAAAUGGCAGAGUUGUGCAGUGGAAAGAGUUGAACUCAGUGAUGUAUAGUAAUAAUAAAAAAAAUACUAUGUACAUGAAAUUGGUCGGGCCUGGGGUGUUGAGCUAAUCAUCUAUACUAGUCUACACUCACUGCUGUUUUUAAACAUCUUUAUGAAACUCAUGCAGAAGAAUUCUUAGUCAGCUUUGCUCCAUCUUGUCUUUUUUUGCCACAGUGGGCACCACCUUUGGGGGAGAGAUCAAAAGCUUACUGCUUCUUUUCUUUGCGCCUCUCAUUGUUUGCUCAGGGUGAAAGAAUAAAGCAAAUAUUCUUUCUACUGGCAGAACGGAAAACGUUGGCCUGUCCAUUCCAGCUGUAUAUUAUCCCCAGCAACACUUCCUGCAGGGUCCCAAGAAAUGCAUGUGCAGCUCUGAAUGUAAUAAAGCCACUAAUGGCCAUAAAUUGUG